AUGAAAUUGGCUAAAAAAAUGAAUGUCAAAGAUUUCAAGGCUUCGAACGGUUGGCUAGAAAAAUUUAAAAAAAGGCAUGACAUUGUUUGGAAACAAGUUAGUGGUGAGGCUAAUGACGUUAAUCAAGAAACUGCGGUGGAGUGGAAGCAAAAAAUAUCAAGACUCAUUGCUGGAUACGAAGUAAAAGACGUGUGCAAUAAUGAUGAAACGAGUCUUUUUUUCAGAGGUAUUCCUACUAAGUCACUAGUAUUGAAAAGUGAAUCUUGUUCUGGAGGGAAAGAAGCAAAGGAUCGCUUAACAGUGGUCAUGUAUAGUAGUAUAGCUGGAGAAAUUAGGAAGCCAUUGGUAAUUGGCAAGUCUAAAAAACCACGGUGUUUUAAAAAUAUGGAUAUUUCUCCAUUACCUGUCAUAUGGAAAUUUAAUAAAAAAAGCCUGGAUGACAACAGAGAUAAUAGAGCAGUGGUUGCGUUAUUUUAA